GCUCAUUCAAUGGUAUGGUGCAUGGUACAAUGAAAAGUUUGUUCUUCCAAAGCUUUGCUGAUCUGGGGUCUCUUAUAAACUAUGCCAGGUCUUACAUUACAAGAGCAAGCAGCUCUAGGCUGCCAAGGAUUCCAAAAAAGACUUCUUCCAAGACAGUUGAAGUUAGAUGUCGAGGAGAGUUCUUGUACGGCGUUUCCCCUUGUCUGGCUGCCAUACAAGCUAACAGACGGAAGAUCCACAAGAUCUAUAUCAAGCCUGGAGUGUCAGAAAAGAAGGGAGUGAUGAAGAGGUCAGCUCUUGAUAAUGUUUGGAAAGUUGCUGAGAAAAGGAAAGUGGACAUUUUGAGACUUGACAAGAGUGCCAUGGAGACUCUGUCUGGGAAGAAACCACAUCAGGGUGUGGUGAUGGAUGUUUCACCUCUGCACUUCAAGAAAAUUGAACCAUCUGACUGCAAAUUAUCAGCUACCAAGAGAUCAGAGAACCCAAUUUGGCUAUUACUGGAUGAGUUGCACGAUCCGAUGAAUUUGGGAGCUAUCUUGAGAUGUGCAUAUUUUCUUGGAGUUGAUCGAGUGAUCACUACAGCCAAAAAAUGCUGUCCACUAUCUCCGGCUGUAAGCAAGGCUAGUUCAGGUGCUAUGGAGCUCUUGCCAGUAUUUGCCGUUCAGGACAUGGGCGAGUUUUUAUCUGAAGCUAGUCACGAAGGAUGGAAGAUACUGGGAACUUGUAGCUCCAUUCAUGAAGAUGAAAUGGACGACAACAAAGAAGUACCUGUUAUACAAUGCUCACAGUACAUGGUCAAGGAGCCCACUAUCAUUGCAUUAGGUAAUGAAGGCUAUGGACUCCGUGGCUAUAUACAGAAGGCAUGCUCAGCCAUGUUAACUGUGACUCCAUGCAGAGAACUCUCAGAAGGUUUUGACUCUCUCAAUGUAGCAGUAGCAGCUGGUAUAUUGUUACACACGUUACAACAGAACAAAAAAGACAAUUAA